AUGGCGGCCAAGCGCAAAGCUUCAGCGAUGGGUACAGCUGUCGAUGAUGAACCCGUCGACCCAUCAGACGAACUCGCUUUCUACUGUCUCGGCGGUGGCAAUGAAGUUGGCCGUAGUUGCCACAUUCUGGAAUACAAGGGCAAGACGGUGAUGCUUGAUGCAGGCAUGCACCCGGCGAAAGAAGGCUUCUCCGCACUUCCCUUUUUUGAUGAGUUCGAUCUAAGUACCGUGGAUGUUCUCCUAAUCAGCCAUUUCCACGUUGAUCAUUCUUCCGCCCUGCCAUAUGUUCUCAGCAAGACGAACUUCAAGGGAAGAGUCUUCAUGACUCCGGCAACCCGAGCAAUUUACAAAUGGCUCAUCCAAGACAAUGUCCGGGUUAGCAACACGUCCUCUUCCUCUGAUCAACGGACGACGCUAUAUACCGAGCGUGACCACUUGUCUACUCUUCCAAUGAUUGAAACUAUCGACUUUUACACCACACAUACUAUCAAUGGCAUCCGUAUCACUCCAUAUCCCGCCGGGCAUGUUCUCGGCGCAGCCAUGUUCAAAAUCGAUAUUGCAGGAUUGGUGACUUUGUUUACCGGAGACUACUCUCGCGAGGAGGAUAGGCACUUGAUUCCUGCCGAGGUACCAAAGGGCACGAAGAUUGAUGUUCUCAUCACAGAAUCUACAUUCGGCAUAUCAUCCAAUCCCCCUCGACUGGAACGUGAGGCCGCGUUGAUGAAGUCAAUCACAAGCGUUCUCAACCGUGGAGGUCGAGUUUUGAUGCCCGUGUUUGCUCUCGGUCGCGCCCAAGAACUGCUUCUUAUUCUUGAUGAAUAUUGGGAAACCCACCCCGAACUUCAGAAGUUUCCAAUUUAUUACAUCGGAAAUAUGGCGCGGCGUUGCAUGGUCGUUUACCAGACAUAUAUUGGGGCCAUGAACGACAAUAUAAAGCGGCUCUUCCGGCAGCGCAUGGCCGAAGCCGAGGCCAGCGGCAAUAAAAGCGUCAGUGUCGGACCGUGGGAUUUCCGCUUCGUUCGAAGUCUCCGCAGUUUGGAGCGCUUCGAUGAUGUUGGAGGAUGUGUCAUGCUUGCUUCCCCCGGUAUGCUGCAAACGGGAACAAGCCGUGAGCUUCUAGAAAGAUGGGCGCCAAGUGAUCGCAACGGGGUUGUCAUGACCGGGUAUAGCGUUGAAGGGACCAUGGCCAAGGGCCUGCUCAAUGAACCAGAUCAGAUUCCCGCCGUCAUGUCCAAGGUUUCCGCCGGGCACGGUCGAGGGCGUGUCCCUGGAGCGAGUGACGAGGAUCAGAAAGUGAUGAUUCCCCGACGCUGUACUGUUGAUGAGGUCAGCUUUGCAGCUCACGUUGAUGGCGUUGAAAAUCGUACUUUCAUAGAGGAAGUAGCUGCUCCAGUCGUGAUUCUUGUUCAUGGCGAAAAACACCAGAUGAUGAGGUUGAAGUCGAAACUGCUUAGCCUUAACGCAGACAAGGCCGUCAAGGUGAAAGUGUACACACCAGCAAACUGCGACGAAGUGCGCAUCCCAUUCAAGAAGGACAAGAUUGCCAAGGUGGUCGGCAAGCUAGCAGAGCUUGCGCCUCCAUCGGAGAAUGAUGACACCCAACUCAUGGCUGGGGUCUUGGUUCAGAAUGGGUUCAACCUGUCUUUAAUGGCGCCCGACGAUCUACAGGAGUAUGCAGGUUUGACUACUACGACUAUUACUUGCAAACAACACAUUACGCUCAGCUCCGCGAGCAUGGACCUGAUCAGAUGGGCCCUCGAGGGAACCUUUGGGGCUAUUGAAGAGGUUGAAAACAGCGAGAAGACUAAAACCAACAGCCAGAAUAACACAGACACCAACGAUACCACAAAACCAGAAGAUGCCGAUGAGGAGAUUCCAUCUGAUGAAACACAGGUGUUCCUUGUCAUGGGAUGUGUGUAUCUCCGUCACCACUCACGCAGCCGUGAGGUUGAGCUAGAAUGGGAAGGAAACAUGAUGAACGACGGAGUGGCAGAUGCGGUGAUGGCUGUUCUCCUGACGGUCGAGAGCAGUCCAGCCUCCGUAAAGCAAUCGGCCAAAAACAAACACCACCACCACCACCAUGACGACGAUGACGAAUUGGAAAUUCCCUCACUUCCGAAUCCUCAUUCUCAAUGUGGACCCGAGGAGCGUCUCGCUCGCAUGCUAAUGAUGCUCGAAGCCCAAUUCGGUGGCGACAAUAUCGGUCCAAUUGAGCGCCCCCGAGUCCCUGCUGACCUCGCACUCGGUCCUCAACAAGAGGGGGAAGAGAUGAACGAAGAAAGAAUUGCCGAUAUCGAGGCUGCAGAGUUGGAUCGUCUUAUCACCAUGGGCAUCCCGGUCCCUGGUAUUGAGAUUAGGGUAGACAAGCACAUUGCCCGCGUGUGGCUGGAAGAUUUGGAAGUCGAAUGUGCGAACCCUGUCCUGCGAGACCGUAUCCGUGUUGUCGUUGAGCGGGCAAUUGAGACUGUGGCUGGCCUCUGGGCAGAGAGCUCGAUUUCUCGGGAUGCAGCACAGAGAGGCCCUGUCCAUGGACCAAAGGGGAUCGAACUGGCUGCCAGGAAGAAAUCGGUUGCUAUCCAGGCACAGGGUUGA